AUGGCCACUUUAUCCUUCUCACUGGCCCCAAGUGCUCUGGUCAGGCUCCACGAUGCGCUUACUUGCCUUGCCAAGUUCAGUGAGACGGUCUCCAUUGAAGCUGAAUAUGACUUGCUUCGAUUAAGUGCUCUUAACUUGUCAAAAACAGCAUAUGCUUCCUUCGUCUUGGACGCGGACAAGUUCUUCGAGAAGUUCUCAUUCAGUAUAAGGACAAAUGAUCCGGCAGCAAGGAAAACCCGAUCAGGCCGGUUCUCUUGCCAGAUAUAUUUGAAAGCGUUACUCUCCGUUUUUAAGGGCCGAACAAAUGACGUUCGAGGCAAGGACACGGCAAUUGAGCGCUGUGAUGUCGAGCUUCAGGAUAAUGAGGAUGAAGCUGAGUGCAGGCUCGUCAUCAAGAUGAUAUGUGGACACGGCGUUGUCAAAUCAUACAAACUUACGUAUGAGAGUGCUGCUGUUCAGCAUGCCGUGUUUGACAGGUCAAAAACCAGAAAUCGAUGGGCGAUUGAAUCAAGAUUCCUACGGGAAAUUAUCGAUCACUUUAGCCCAUCUGCAGAGCAAUUGGAUAUCUACUGUGAGAAUGGAAAGGCCAUUUUUACGAGUUUCACAACGAAGAUCACAGAUGGAAAAGAAAUCCUCAAGCAACCAGUGCACACAUCGGUUGCUAUUGACACCAAAGAUUUUGAAGAAUUUAUGGUCGAAGAGAAUCUUCAUGUUGCCAUCAUUGUCAAGGAUUUCAAGGCUGUUGUCACUCAUGCUGAUACGGCAAAAGCAACGAUAACUGCUCGAUACAUUCGCCCUUGCCGUCCUUUGCAUUUAGCCUAUGAGUUCGAAGGCAUAGCUUGCGAGUUUACGCUGAUGACCAGAGGAGAGGUGGAUGACGAGGAACCAGACUCUUCACGACCCCCAGCAUCAGCACUAUCUGCCAGAAAUACACCUCGACCGGUGCAAGCCAAUACUUCCCGAAGUGCUCCUGCGAGGGAAUCGAUGCCCCCUCCGGCGAGUCGGCCAACACAACGUCCCACACAGGCUUCUACGCCUGCAUCCAGGAGUAUCUCAAUACCGCGACACGCGCCAUUGAUCGACCAUGAUAGCUUGUUUGUUCCAAUGGAUGAUGACAAACAAUGGGACGAACCCAAUUAUGACGAUGAUGCAGAGGAUAGGCUCGGAUGGGACGCAACAGCUGAUCAAGAGACAUUCAACUCAACUUUCGAUCAGCGAAUCCAAGAAACUUUGCCGGCGCAGAGACCAGAUGAGAACCAGCAGAUAGCAGCAGCUGAUGAAAUGGGGAUCCCGCCCACGCAACGGAUAUCACAGAUCCGCGGUCUUUUCGAUUGAAAGAGCACCGAGCCUAGUACAUCAUGUCUGGU